AAAAAAAAACAAAAAACAGGGUGAGAUCCAGAACAACCCUGGAAAGUUGAGAAGAGCGUGAUGAGGACCAGUGCUAGGUAGGAGUUGAGUCAGCAGGAAUCAGUGCACGACACUGCGGAAGGAAUGUGGAUAAAUGCUGGGAAGCCUGAAAAAUCCCUCCAUGGAAAUUUCUCAGAGGGACAGCGGAGCGGGGUUGCUGAGGAAAGGGUGCGACCAUGUGGACGCAGCUAGGUUUCCUGGACAUCUGUAUCUUUUUCAGACAUCGGAGCAGAAAACGUGACACUUGUGUCUGAGGCUCGUUGCUAGUGGCGUCUCUGGUGUGACAUUCUCUCUCUCUCUCUCUGCAGUUGGAGGCUGGCAGCGAUGAAGAGCGAAAGGUAAACCUCAGAUAUUUCCGGGGCACCUACUCUGUGCCAGCCACUCUUGUAGAAGCUGGGAAUCUAGCAGUGCACACGACAGACCUCUGCCCUCACGGCCGACAUUCCGUCGGGGAAGACAAGGCAGUAAGGAAGAUAAACAAGAACGUUAAUAGCAUGUGAGUAAGUGCGAGGAAGAAAAAGGGAAGCAGGGACGGAGGAUGUGGAAGGGAGCCUCCAAACACGCUCGGCCCUGUGAGUCGCCGAGCGUGCGUUACUUCAUUUAACUUACGCAGACCUCCUGUGAGGAGGGCGCCAUUCUGAUUCCCAUCCUGUGGAUUCGAAGAGUGAGCCGCUGGCCUGACCUUCUGUAGCAUAAAGUGAUGGAGGCAAGACCCUCAGGCUCCCAGUCUCUCUGCCUUCGAAACCUGUCCUCACCCCCCAGACCCAAGAGCCACCUCUACCAGCCCUCUUGCCGAUGGUUUGGGGCUCUCGCCAGGAGGCACAGAGGAAGGAGUCCCCCCGGAAGAACCGCCGCCGUGCAGCCAUUCUUCCUGCUUGGAGCCUAGGGGACCCGCCGUGAGCUGUGUGCUUUAGCAGGUCGCCGGACCCCCCUGCACCGGCGAGCCCCACCGAGAGCAAGAUCUGUGAUGUGUCCCCCUUCCCGGGCAGGCACCGGGCGGAGCUCCUGCUUACUGCAGGUGCAGGAACUGGGUUUGGAACCUUGCUCACAGGUUGCGUCGUUGUCACAAGCCUCUGGGGGUGCUGCCAGCCCCAACUUUGGAAACUGCAGUUGGAAAAGGCCAGUGGGAGGCCAGGGCCAGGGUUUGAGUGCAGGUCACUGUGACUCAGAAGUCCAUGUCCCCUCCUUUCUGCUCCGUCCAGGCCUUCACAGGAGACAUGGAGUUUUGUGUUCAGCUCAUCCUUUCCUGUCCCCCUGGCUUUAUAGGCAGUAGCUUGUCACUGACCCCCAGUUUUCCACAUUGGGGUACACAGACUUUUAAAAUUCUGGGGCUGUUGUGCUGUCCUGCUGUUCCGUUCAGUUUAACUCAGGUGUUACUCCUGGUGUGUUGGGACAUUUGAUUUUCAAAUCAGAAUUUGCCUUCAGGGCAGGUUAAAUUCUUGGUGGUUGUUAGAAAAACUCCUUCUGGAGUGGGGACAGAUGAGGACAGAGGAAAAGAGUUAAUUUGAUUCUGUUGGAACUUAAUUAAACUUCUUAUUAAGGUUAACUUGAAAUGAAUUUUGCUCAGAGUCUAGUAGGUUUCAUUAAGCUUUCGAAAUACCAGUACUUAGACUUCAAAAGAAUGCCACAGGGCCCUGGUCUUCUUCCCAGGCACCGAGUGCGCCAGGGGAGCCCGUGCGUACACCAGCAAUGCUCGAGCCAGCUCUUCCUUCGUGGUUGACGUUGGUCCUGCCAGUCACCCUAUGCUUAAGUGAGAGCUUUUUCAUGGUGAAAGGAGCGGCCCUCUUCUUACAGCAGGGAAACAGCCCUCAAAGCCAGCGAAGUCUUCAGCAUCCCCACAAGCAUGCAGGUGACUUGCCCCAGCAUCUUCAAGUGAUGAUCAACCUUUUGCGUUGUGAGGAUCGGAUCAGGCUGGCUGUGCGCUUGGAGAGCGCCUGGGCAGAGCGGGUCCGGUACAUGGUGGUGGUGGACAGCAGUGGGCGCCAGGACACGGAGGAGAGUAUCUUGCUGGGAGUCGACUUUUCCAGUAAGGAAAGAUUCUCUUUCAGAGCCCCCCCACCAUCUGCGUCUGCGUCCUCAGGAGACCGGAGCGGCUACCCCGGCUUCCAUCUUGCAUUCCUCUUUGUCUGGGAGGCGAGAGCACUUAAAAGCUGCACCAUCGGGAUGGUUCUCCGGCUGUGGAGCGACACGAAAAUCCACCUUGAUGGAGAUGGGGGGUUCAGCGUCAGCACAGCGGGACGGAUGCACGUCUUUAAGCCCGUAUCGGUCCAGGCCAUGUGGUCUGCCCUGCAGGUCCUUCACAAGGCCUGCGAAGUGGCACGAAGACACAACUACUUCCCCGGUGGCGUGGCACUCGUCUGGGCCACCUACUAUGACAGCUGCAUCAGCUCGGAUCAGAGCUGCAUCAACGAGUGGAACGCCAUGCAGGACCUGGAGUCCACGCGACCCGACUCCCCGGCCCUGUUUGUGGACAAGCCAACUGAAGGGGAAAGGACUGAGCGCCUCAUCAAAGCCAAGCUCCGGAGCAUCAUGAUGAGCCAGGAUCUAGAAAAUGUGACCUCAAAAGAAAUCCGUAAUGAAUUAGAGACUCAGAUGAACUGUAACUUGAAAGAAUUCAAGGAAUUCAUAGACAACGAGAUGCUCCUUAUCUUGGGACAGAUGGACAAGCCCUCCCUUAUCUUCGACCACCUUUAUCUCGGCUCUGAAUGGAAUGCAUCCAAUCUGGAGGAACUGCAGGGCUCAGGUGUUGACUACAUUUUAAAUGUCACCAGAGAAAUAGAUAAUUUUUUCCCUGGCUUAUUUGCAUAUCAUAACAUCCGGGUCUAUGAUGAAGAGACAACAGACCUUCUUGCCCACUGGAAUGAAGCGUACCAUUUCAUAAACAAAGCCAAGAGGAACCAUUCCAAGUGCCUGGUACAUUGCAAAAUGGGUGUCAGUCGGUCUGCUUCUACGGUCAUAGCCUAUGCGAUGAAGGAAUUUGGCUGGCCUCUGGAAAAAGCGUACAACUAUGUGAAGCAGAAACGCAGCAUUACACGGCCCAACGCGGGCUUCAUGAGGCAGCUGUCUGAGUAUGAAGGCAUCUUGGACGCGAGCAAACAACGGCACAACAAGCUGUGGCGUCAGCAGAGCAAGACCUGCCUCCAGCAGCCUGUGGAUGACCCUGCAGGGUCUGGGGACUUCUUGCCGGAAACCCUGGAUGGCACGCCAGAGGCCCGGCUGCCCUGCUUGGACGAUGCUGCCCAGCCCGGGUUCCCAGACAGCGGGGCCCCAGGGGGACCCACUCUCCCCUGCUGCUUCCGCCGGCUCUCAGACCCCCUCCUGCAUUCCCCCAAUGACGAAACCGGCAGUGUAGUCCACCUGGAGGAUCUGGAGAGGGAUGCUGUGUUGGAGGAAGUGGCUGAGCUGACCGAGGCACACAUGCCAGCCAGACAUCCCCAGGAAGCUUCCGGCCUCUGCGAGAAGGAAGUGAAGAAGAAACUGGAGUUCGGGAGCCCCAAGGUCCAGAGCGGCUCCUCGCCACAGGUGGAGGAGAUGGAAGGGGAGGAGGCUCUGGGAGCAGGGCGGUGGGGGCGGCCUCUUCCCCGGCUUGAUAAAGGCGGGCUCAACCGGGAGAACCUUAACAACAACAACAGCAAGAGGAGCUGUCCGGAUGACUUCGAGCACGAUGCUAUAUUUGGGAUCCUUAACAAGGUGAAGCCUUCCUACAAAUCCUGUGCUGACUGUGUGUACCCUCUAGCCGGCGGGGCUCCUGAGGCCUUCAGGGAGCGGGGCGAGAACCCUGGAGCUCCCGCCAUCUGUACCCAGCCAACCUUCCUGCCCCACCUCACAUCUUGCCCUGUGGCCCACACGUCCAGCAGGUCCCGAGCUUUAGAGAAACUGGCCUCUGGCCCAAGCGAAAGUCCCCCGUUCCUACCACCAGCAGGCUCGAGAAGGUCAGACGUCGGUGGCUCCGGGGCUGCAGCUGCCCCAGAACUACCAGCUAGCCUUUUGGAACCUUCCAGAGAAACCCAAAAAGUCCUGCCAAAGUCCCUCCUUUUGAAGAAUUCUCACUGUGAUAAGAACCCUCUGAGCAUGGAAGUAGCGAAGGAGGAAUUGCCACCCAAGAAAGAUCUGAAACCGGCCAAGGACCUGCGGCUUCUGUUCAGCAAAGAAGCCGAGAAGCCGGCAACCAGCAGCUACCUGAUGCAGCACCAGGAAUCCAUCAUUCAGCUGCAGAAGGCGGGCUUGGUCCGAAAGCACACCAAAGAACUGGAGAGGCUGAAGGGCACGCCCACAGACCCGGCGUCUCCCUGUAGGGAUGGCACCACCAGCAGGCUGGAGGCCAGCAUCCCCGAAGAGAACCCUGAUCUGGCCCCCAUCCCUCUGCCAUGGCCCCCGGCUCUGCCCAGCCUCGCUGGGAGCGAUGAGAAGUCAGAGGCCAUCCCCCCUCCAUUCGAAGGCACCCCACUCAAGAGCCCCACUCCCUUCCUCGGCCGCAUGGAUCACACUAGUCAUUUCUCAAAAGACUUCCUCAAGACCAUCUGCUACACCCCCACCUCCUCCUCCAUGAGCUCCAACCUGACGCGGAGCUCCAGCAGUGACAGCAUCCACAGCGUCCGGGGCAAGCCCGGGCUGGUGAAGCAGCGGACGCAGGAGAUUGAGACCCGGCUCCGGCUGGCAGGCCUCACUGUCUCGUCCCCGCUGAAACGCUCACACUCUCUGGCCAAGCUUGGAAGUCUCAACUUCUCAACUGAGGACCUGUCUGGCGAGGCGGACACAUCUACCCUCACCGACUCCCAGGAUGCCAAGUCGAGUGAGUCUGCCUUCUUGCGUGAGCCCCAGGCAACCCCAAGGAACCCAGCUGCCACCUCUCAACCGUCAGGGAAAUCUGCUUCAGAACACUUGAGAAGCCCCUCGUGGAUGAGCAAAAGCUGACCCGCCUCUUGCUGUAUUUGGACGUGUGUUUUCACGUGGUCCCUCCCUUCGUUUCACUGUGGGUCUUGGCCGUGAUGUCUCCUAAACGAUUGACAUUCGAACACUCCCCACUCUUGCCGCAGAGAGGAGGAGAGGGAACAAGAAUAACCCAGCACAAGAAGAAAGGGGGUGAUGCCAGUCGGGUGGCCCGGGAGAGCCAGAAGCCGUCGGCCAGGAGAUACAAAACUCCAAUCCCCAAGUCCCGUGUUUUCAGGAAGAAUCCUGUUUUUGAAAGAGCAUACACAGAGAUGCACACACAUCCUGAAUACUCCAUUUGCACCGUGCGUAAGAGUGGUCGCAGUGAUGGCUCCGUCACCACGGUGCACGUUCCUAGCUCAUUCAGGCCCUCGCGGGGAAGCCCUUGGAUGGCAAUAUAAGUCCUACCUCUGUUCUUGCUGUGCUUUUUAUUUUUAAAAUACAGUAGUGACCAAGGCUCCUUCCAGGGAAUAAUGCUGUGUCAGAAAAGGUUUUUCCAAAAGAGAAUUUUUUUUAAUUUUUUUAUUUUUUGGUGGGGACCCCAAAAAGUGUUAAGACUUUUAAGUCGACUGCACCCAACACCGCUAGGUGAAGUUAGACAAGGCUGUCGAAUGCUGUUGUUGUACCAGCUGUGUGGUGUGUGGAGAUCAUCUGUGCAGUUGAAUUCCUUGUCCUGGUGUGUUGUCACGGUGGAGUGAUAUGUGUCUGGCCAGCACUGGGGUGAGGAGGGGGUGGGCACAUGUGAUGUCCUCAGUCAUGCCUAAUGGUGACGUGUAAGUUGCUCCCAGUCUGGGGAGAAGGACCCACGAAGCUUCACUGCGUCUCAUCUGCUGCUGAACCCGAUGGGGUGGGGUUGAAGCUUUGAGAGUGCUCAAAUGUCUCGUGGGGGUGGUGGUUCCGAGAUGUGGCUUGUCCUGCCAGGAGCCCAGGCCCUUGGGCUCAUUAGGUCACAGGAGCAUGUUUGGGGGGGACACGGAGCUUUAAUCCGUCGUGAGCAGCUCUGCCAGUCCCUCUCCAGGGACAGCCCUGCAGCAGCUUCUCAGAGAAACGAGACCAUUGAAAAGCUUCGCGAUGUUUACGGUCGCCCCUUCCUUCGAUGAGGGUACUGCCCCCUGUCUCUCUCUGGCUCUUCCUAGCGGUGAGGACAGAGUAGAGGAGGGGUCUGUAGUCCUGGCCUGGGCUCGGGGGGGCCCCUUUCAGAAUCAGGUGAGCUGUGCCUGUCACGCUGCCACGGGCUCGAGGCAUGGGUGGAGGGAGUCCGCGGGUGCUGGUCAGCAAGAUGGGCUGUUAAAAGUAUUUCGAAGAGAAAGAGAAAAGAGGCUUGGUAGUGAGGUAGACGGUUUCUUCUAAGGAGUCCACAAACUCUGGUAUACAGACCCAUGAGCUGAGAAUGGCUUUUAUAUUUUUAAGGGGUUAUUAAAAACAACAACUUAAUGUGCAACCGGGACCACGUAGCCUGCAAAGCCUAAGAUAACAAUCGAGCCCUUUAUAGAAAAGGUUUGCUGACCCUUGGUUUUAUUUGACAACGCACGGCUGCCCAGGGCCCUCCAAGAAGAAACUGGCAAAGUCAGAGGCCUCCCCUGCCUCUUGGACACCUCAGGCCCAGCCCUUGCCUCCUCCCGACCCAGACCUUGCCCGCCCAGCCCCACGUGGCUCUCCUGCAGGGUGGGGGUAGCUGUGUAGGUGUGGGGUGCUGCUGGCCGAAGCUUUCUCCAAGUACAGCUUGCACUCAGCUGUCAGCCAGACUUACUCAGUGAGACUAGAAGCCUUCCGGUGCCAGCCAAGCUCGGAAAGUGGCUGAAGGAGCUGCCGUCUUGUAUCUUAACAGUGGUCAGACCUGGGUCCCCAGGAGCAGCCAGAGAGCACCCGAGGCAGGGUCUUCAGGAGCAAGGGCGGACAAGGGUGGUCCACAUUUCAACUAGUGGGUAGAGUUUGUGCAGAAACAGUCUCUCCAGGAACUUUUCCUCCCCAGUGCUAUUUUUUUUUUAACAUAAUGUUAUUUUAUAGGAAUUUGUUUUCCCACCCCUGUCCGUUGAAAUCAUCUUGAUAAGUGAUUAUCUGCUUCUUCCUUAGGAAACUCUGUUGGGCUCCCCCCUGCCCCCAGCCAAAAAAACAUCAUUCCCAAAAAACGUACCGAGUUCAGUAUGUUUUGCCAAAUUAAAUUUCACGUGGUGGCUCCAUUUUUGUGUCAAAUGGUCCUUUAGAUUUGAUGCUGACAGGCUUAUGUUGCUCUUUUAACCGCGUCUGGUGUGUGAGACCAGUAUGUUUUUGCAAACUUUAACUUUGAAAUCGUAGGAGGAGGAUUACAAAUUUGAGUGAGUCCUCGGCUUUUGGUGACCCUUUCGUUUGCACAAGCACGGCUUGUCUAUCAGCAUCUACACAGCCCAGGGCCUAGGUCCCCAUCAUCAAAGCGAAAUGGGAGCGUUCUCGAUUGGGUGGAUAACACUCUGGCCUGGAGGAAAGGAUACAAACUUUUCUCCAAGACCUACGUCAGCAAGAGCAUUCUGCCAGGCUUGGGGGCACCCUGGCAAAGACAGACGCACACUGGCCUCUGAAAAGAAAGUCUGUGCCAUAAGAUAAUGCCGCAUCUUGACCAGUGCUCCAUCUGGAAUCUUCGCUGAUGGCGAACAUGCCGAAUGGGGGGGGGGCACGAGUGAGAGGCCGGGGUUUCUGCUGUGAAAGUCAUUGAUCCUGGUGACCACCAUCUGCAGGGAAUGCCCUUGUUGAAAUAGAGAACGGGAGUUUUCUAGAUCAGCUGGAUAAUCUCCCUGAGUCUUGGACUGCGUGCAUGACCACCUCCCCUCUCUCUCUUUCUCUCUCUCUCACUGUAAUUCAUGUGGCAUGCUGCAAGCUAGACUGAACUUCCCUAGAUCUUCAUUUUGCAUUGAUCCGGGGUGGCGUGGGGGGUCUUCUUCUCAAGCUUUGUUAAGUAUGAGGGGGAAACUGUUUGCAGAGAGAGGAGAGACCACGCUGCCCUCUUACCAUGAUUCGAUAAUGCUGAUUUUACUUUCUUUGCCUUGGGGCUACGUUAGGGUGUUGGAGCAAUGGUCACUGCUGAAGAACUUCAGCACAGGGCUUCUUACUCUUGGCAUUCCCUGUUUCUUUGAUCUCUUCUUGGGGACCCUUGCCAACCUCUGGGUGCUGAACAGCACGCUCCUGGGUAGUGACACCCUGUCCGUCGUGCAGUGAGAUCACUCACCAGCUGCUCACACGUGGCCGCACUGUCCAACCUUCCUUUCUGUUCUACCCCACCCCUCUAGCCAAAAACCAUUCCAGCCCAUUCUAAAACCUUUUCCUUCUUGGCUAAGCCCAGAGGAUGCCACAGGGUAGAGCCAAAGGUGCAAUAGAAUUAGCAGCUUCAGGGCAGCCCUCUGCUUCGGCACUCUUGUCUCUCCAUGCUGGCCAGCUCCCAGAAGGUUCAUGACUCCCCCUGCUCCCCUGGGACUGUUUCUCCCCAGUGAGAAGAAAUGCAUCAUUUAGGAGAGGUCAUAUAAGUGACCUUUACCCAAGGUAUCUGAAGAAAGAUGUUCUCUCUGGUGACCAGAAAUGCUUUGUUCCAGAAUACAUUCCACACAACCCUCGUCUGGCUGGCCACCUAGCAGAGCUUCCCCCAGACCCAGGGAGGGCAACCAUAUGACCUCUGGCAGGAGGGCCGGGCAGGCUAAGGAUCGGUGACACUUAGCACAGUGAGGGUUCGACCACUCCGCUCCCAUCCCACAGGUUCUUGCCAAUGCUGCAUGCCAAACAGGGGUAGUUGAUGGACACCCCCCCCAUGCUCAGCUACUUGGUCUUUUUAUUGUGUACCCUGCAGCUGAAUACCUGUGUGUGUGAGUGCACUCUGCACACAGACAUACGUAUGCACGUACAUGUACGCCACUUGAAUCCGGUCAUCUGGCGUGCCACUGCUCUCCCAUCCGCACACAUGCGAGUACGAAGUGGAUCACCCUGACCCAUGAGUGGGGCCGUGUGCAGCGCCACUCGGGGUAGACCCUGGACGUUGACACCGCCCCCCUUUUGUCUAGCGGUAGGUGCCCCGGCCCCGGCUUCAGUCAGUCUCUUCAACAGGAGUCUUUCCAGCCAGCCCUCCAGCCCCUCUGCUGUCCUUUGUGUUGGCCGUGCCACACAAGAAGGUGGCUGCUUCCUCCCCCUUUUCCGACACUGUAAUUAUUGUUUUACAAUUGAGUGCCUUAAUAAUAGUUUACAAAUACUGUGUAUUUAUGGGAAACUGGUAAGCUCUCACCUUCUGUGAUCGGACCUUUGCCUUGUCAGUGGUGGUUGGCGUGAGGGCUGGAGCCUGCCCUUCCCCAUACUUGUACUCAUCUGUGCAGUUGUAUGCAGGGGCGGGGGGUGCCCCCCGCAACUGUCCGAGGAGCGCUGGUGGUCCCGCAGGUGAGGCAGGCACUGGCUCACAGUGUGUCCCACAGGAGGAAGGAAAGCACAGAAUCUGGUUUGCUAGCCAGCUGGGGGUGGCACCUCUCCCCUUCCCCCCAUCACACAAUUGUACUCUUAUUUAAUAGAGAUGUGUUACCACCUAGGCCUCCCCGUUUUCUCCUCUUGGUGUCCUGCGCUCGCUGCAACCAAAUGUGGGGACAGACACCAGCCCCCUGCAAAAUCAGGAGCUCUCUAACAUAAGUUCUUUGGUUUUCAGAAGCUGCCGUUGGGUUCCAGCGUGUUGCAUUAAGAUAUCAAUGAUUUUUUUUAUUCUAUUGUUUUCUUUGUGUUUUUUUAUAUUAUAUAUUUAAAAGGCAGUAUCUUUUGUACUGUGAAUUUGCAGUAGAAGAUGCAUAAUGCACUUUUCUUUUUUUUUUACUUCUGUUGGUGUGUCCUGUAAUAGUCUGUGUGCUUAUUGUGAUGAAAAUAAACUUUUUCUUUAUAAACGUU